ACUUUGGGUGGAGACUUUUGUUUUUUUGUACAUAAUUGCUUCGGUACGGAACGUACAUAUGCUCCAGUUGACACUUGCAGAUCAAACAUUUCUGGAAGUAACAGCUUGAUCCAUUUACAGAGUCAGAUGGUUGUGUGACGACACAUUGCAGUGGGACAGAGAUCGCCACAGAAAUCGUCAGCAUAGCGGCUAGAUUAACCGUUUGGCGAUUUCAGAUACAAUCACACUUUUAGGAUUAUUCGUAAUGCAACAAGCUACGCCAAAUUUAUCAACACAAUCCGAUAUAGCUAAAGCCAUGCAGCCUCAUUCAGCACAAAAUAUGAUAUUGCCAGCCAAUAAAAAGUCCAAAAAGUAUGCUCCACAGGUGCCGCCCACAAAGCCACAGCCUCUUCAGCAGUCCCUGCAACAGCAGCACAGCCACACAGCGUCACAGCCACAGUAUCCGAUAAAUAAGGCUUACAAUGUGGUUUCAAUACUAAAGACUUCAACGCCGACCACUCACCAGUCAGCCCACCUGACGCAGCAGCAACCACAGCCCCAUCACCUUCAGCACACACAGCAGCAGCAACAGAGCUACGCUAACGUUGUGAACAGGCCCAUGGCUGGAGCAGGACCAGCAGGAUCCCAGCAGUCUACUGUACUGUGCAACGGCGCUAACAUAAUGACUGUGAACAGCUGUCCGUUGAACUCUGGGGAAUUGAAUUCAGCCGCUAUUUACAAUAUAGCAAGCCACAGGGCGUUACCUGGCAACCUUGAUGGAAACCUUCGAUUCAUGAGCGUUCCAGACAUGAAUAAAAAUGGCAACUGCGUCGGCAGCGGUACAGUAGCGGCUAGUAACAACUCUCCCGCCGGAGUGUGCAACGGUUCCAGUACUGGAAGCAGCAUUGGUGUCGCUAUUGGUUCAACCGCUGGGACAUACAUGCACGAAAAGAAUCUUGUUGGUGUCGGCGUAAAAGUCGGCGUCAGUUGUGUUGAUACUAAUAGAAAGUUCGAUUUCAAAAACAGCAAUCUGUUGUCAAGCAAUAGCUUCCAAACAGCGCCGGCAGAGUACGUGUCAACGGGAAACAACAGUUCAGGAAACACCCGUUCAAAUCAACAAAGUGGAGGCAUAUUUCGAGGACCACCCCCGGCGUCUAAUGCUCCGCGUGGCGGUGGCGCCGGCGGAACCCGUCACGUCCAUGUGCAACCUAUGUAUCAGCAGGCAAUACACCAGAAUAUGGUGUUGCAGCCGUACACUCAAUACAACCCGCGACAGCAAACAUUUCCAACUUCUCACCUGCAAUAUGCACCUGCUCCAAUGCCCUACUACCAGUACCAGUACGUGCCGACUCUCCAGCAGCAGCCGCCGCCGCAUACACGUAGCGCCGUGACAGUUAAUACAAAUGUGGGCAACACAAUGCAACCGGUACAGUCCGGACCCAAUGGGCCGCUGGCUGGUCCCGGUGCCUCCUCGACACAGCUGCAGCUGCUUACAGGCACUGUCCAACAGGGAGCAAAUACUGUCAUGGGUGUGGGUGGUCCUGGCAGUGGUGUGGGGCAGGUUGGUGUGGCUCCAAUGGUCGGAGUCGGUGUGAUGCCAACCAGCGUGCAACCGCAAUCAGUUCAAGUGCAGCCAGCGAGUAGGCGUCGACAUCAGCAUCGCCUACAGAUCAUCGAUCCGGCAACUAAAAAAAAUAUAUUAGACGAUUUCGAUAAGAGCAACUCGACUGCGGACAAUGACUUCACAGAGCAAACAGCGUCUUCAGCAACAGUAACAGCUCCUGACGUUCUGUCCGAAACUCCCAUUUGUAUUCCAAUACAGGAUUCGGUUGGUAUAAAUAUUUCCAAUAACGUAACACUGCAGGCUCCAGACUCGAGAACCAACGCUCCUUAUACUAUAGAGCAAUUGCCUGUACAGCGCCAAGACAUCGUGGGUCAGACUCCAAUCGUAUCUGCCAUGUCCGAUGCACCAUCUGUUGAAAUAUUGCCAACGCCUCAAAAGGGAAGAAGCAAAAAAAUUCCCAUAGUGUCUCCUAAAAACGCCUCUGACCCCCAUGUCUCUACCACUUCUGAUGCGGAUGAUGCAGCUGCAAAGCCAGACGCUGCAACCAAAACAACCAAGGAGGCUACUCAGCAAAACCUAUCGUAUCAGACUGCAUCCACUUCCCAGCAGAAGAAGCAGGAGCCACCGCCACAGAUCACAGCGGAAGUGCCAGUCGCCGCAACGGAGGGAACCAACAUUGUUACCUCAGCUGCUGUGCUGCCCACUGAGAACCUUUCAUCCGAUUUGCUAAAAUUGGAGAUAUCAACAAAUCUGUCUGUUGACGUUGUUGAACUGUCGGAGACGGCGAGCAUUGAUACCGCUUCGGUGGGUUCCGUCGAAGCCAAGUCGAUUCACACAGUCCAAGCCAUCUCACAGAACACCUCUUCAACCGAAAUAUCAGAGGCCGCAGCUGAGGAAACCCAGACCCACCAGAGUGAAAUACAGCAAACACAGCCAGAACAAAUCUUCGAAAGUUCCCCUGAUGAGACUGAUGAAGCGCCGAUGGCAUUAGCAGAAGAGAUUUGUGGCGAGACCCGACCAUCCAAAACAGUAGAAGAAAUAACGACUAAAGAACUUUUAUCAAAAGGUGCAAUGGAUACGACGCCUUUCUCUGAGCUGGCACUAGAGUCGCAGUCCAGUGUUGCCGCAGAAGAUCCAGAGCGUCAACCUGAGACAGGUCCAGAGCCAGAGACGGAGCCUGAGUCUUUUGCCGAUCCUCAACUCCAAGAAGAUAUUAAACUGCAACAGGAACCAGAAGCCACUGGCACAGCCACAGUCUCAGAAAGUGUUUUAUCAUCGUUGAUUAAUUACAAUGAGGGUCAAUGGUCACCCAGCAAUCCCAGUGGCAAGAAACAAUAUGAUCGCGAGCAGUUGCUGCAGCUGCGCGAGGCAAAGGCCUCGCGUAUACAGCCGGAAGUAAAGAACGUUUCGAUACUGCCCCAGCCAAACCUAAUGCCGUCGUUCAUCCGCAACAACAACAACAACAAGCGAGUGCAGUCGAUGGUUGGUGUGAUUGGAGGUCGCAACAGCGAGUCGGGAGGGGGUUUCAUUGGCAAACAGGUGUCGAUGUCGGGUGUGCAAAGUGGAGGUGGUAGGAGCAGCAUGAAGGGUAUGAUACAUGUCAACCUGUCACUGAAUCAGGACGUGAAACUGAAUCAGAACGAGAAUGCCUGGCGUCCUCGAGGCGUAAACAAGUCUGAUAGUAGUGCAGACGUUAAGGCCACUCAAGAGAAGGAUGAGUUGGUGAGACGGGUCAGGGGUAUUCUGAACAAGCUUACCCCCGAGCGUUUCGAUACGCUGGUCGAGGAGAUAAUCAAAUUGAAGAUUGAUACGCCCGAAAAGAUGGACGAGGUUAUUGUCUUAGUGUUUGAGAAGGCCAUUGACGAACCAAACUUCUCGGUUUCGUACGCCAGGCUGUGCCAUCGCCUUAUAAGUGAAGUGAAAGCUCGCGACGAGCGUAUGGAGAGCGGCACUAAAUCAAAUCUAGCACACUUCCGGAAUGCCUUGUUGGACAAAACGGAGCGCGAGUUCACGCAGAACGUCUCACAAAGUACCGCAAAGGAGAAGAAACUGCAGCCAGUUGUAGACAAGAUAAAAAAGUGCAACGAUCCGAACGAAAAAGCCGAGCUUGAAGCACUUCUGGAGGAGGAAGAGCGAAAAAUACGCAGACGCUCCGGAGGCACGGUUCGAUUUAUUGGGGAGCUCUUUAAGAUAUCUAUGCUGACUGGUAAAAUCAUAUACUCCUGCAUUGAUACUCUGCUGAAUCCGCACUCGGAGGAUAUGCUUGAGUGCCUCUGCAAGCUGCUGACAACCGUCGGGGCCAAGUUUGAGCAGACCCCCGUCAGCUCUAAGGAACCGUCACGAUGCUAUUCGCUGGAGAAGUCCAUAGCCAGAAUGCAGGCAAUCGCUUCCAAGACCGACAAAGACGGCGCCAAAGUAAGCUCCCGCGUGCGGUUUAUGCUCCAAGACGUGAUAGAUCUGCGCAAGAACAAAUGGCAAUCGACACGCAACGAAGCACCGAAAACCAUGGGACAAAUCGAAAAGGAGACCAAGAACGAGCAGCUAUCAGCGCAAUAUUUUGGUCCGCUCUCCGGCACUACCCCCGUUGGGUCCCAGGGAGGAUCGGGAAAACGAGACGAUCGCAGCAAUGCUCGAUUCGGAGAUUCUCGUUCUGGCAGCGGCUAUUCCGGCAGUCACAGUCAGCGCGGGGACAAUGGAAACCUGCGACACCAGCAGCAAAACAACGGAGGCGGAGGCAGUGGCUCCAGUGGUGCUGGUCAUUCUAACGGAAACAACGAUGACACAUGGCAUGUACAAACAAGCAAGGGCAGCCGCUCUCAAGCUCUUGAUAGCAAUAAACUGGAGGGUCUGAGUUUACACAUAAGCCAAAACAUAGAGAACAAAAAAAUGGGUGGUCUAACUCAAUUUAUUUGGAAUUUUGAAGCUGCGAGACAAUCUUCUGCUCCCACAACUACGCCAUCCAAUCCCUUUGCAUUGUUGUCGUCCCUAGUGGAUAAGAAUAGCAGCGAACGGGAUCGGGAUCGUGACCGUGACCGCAGUGGCCCCAGAAACAAGGGAUCAUACAACAAGGGAUCUAUGGAGCGUGAUCGUUAUGGCGAUAGAGGUCUCAACUCGAGAACUGGAUCAUCACAGGGAUCGCGUGAGAAUUCAUCCUCUCGCGCUGGACAGCAGAGUCGCGGAUUGAUAAACUCUUCAGUUCAAAAGUCUGCUAGUCACUCAAAAUAUACACAACAGGCUCCAUCAGUUCGAGUUACUGGCAAGGCACAAAGCUCACUAGGAAGUUCCGCUGUCAACGUUGGAGGCCUUUACAGAGGUGGUGAUCAGCAGUCGGCUGCGUCCAGUUCCAGUGCCGCUGCAACGUCAGUUCAGAUAAAUCGACCUAUGGCCCCUGUGGCCGUGUUCAGCGAGCCCAGUGAUGCCGACAUGAAGCUGAUCAAGGCGGUUGUCUCGGAAAUGAUAGAGCUUUCCGCAGCCUCCAAGGGUGUAAAUCCGACGGUAGUUGCGUGUAUGAAACGGGUACCGGAGGACAUGCGUUGUGGUUUCUUGUACUACAUAUUAACGGAUUAUUUACAUCUGGCCAAUGUGGGCAAACAGUACAGGCGGUACCUGGCCAUUACCGUGGCGCAUCUAAUACAACAGAACUACAUCUCCGUGGAUCACUUUAGACUGGCGUACAAAGAAUUUGCCGAGUGCGCAAACGAUUUAAUUUUUGAUAUUCCAGAACUUUGGCUGUAUAUUCUGCAAUUUGCCGGACCACUAAUUGUGAAGAAAAUAUUGACGGUAUCAGAUCUGUGGAACAAAAAUCUGAAAGACAACAGCCCAUCAAAUGUGGGUAAAAAGUUCCUCAAAACCUAUUUGACAUACUGUACACGAGAAGUAGGACCGAGUUUCACUCGUAGUAUGUGGAUCAAGUUCAACCUGCACUGGUCCGACUUUAUGCCUGACAACGAAGUUAUCGAUUUCAUUGAAUCCAAUAGACUAGAGUAUGUGGAAAACGAGUCGAAACCGCCAGUGAUUGAGCAGCGCGAAACACCAGAGAAGCACGUUAAAAAUGUGAUAGAACAUAUAGAGCAUUUGCUAAAGGAAGGAGCGACGGCAGACUGCAUCAUCGAUUACAGUAACGGAAAUAUUUUGGUGGCUGAUAAACUGUUUAUUAGAGGCUUGACUGAAACGUUGAGUAAUUUUGCAAUUGUGUACAAGGACAACAGUUACAAACUAGAGCCCGAAAUCUUCCAAAAGUUUUGCAUACCAGUUUUGCAGCGAUACAUCGACUCGCAUGAAGAUCAUCAAUUGGAAUGCCUCUAUGCUAUGCAACUAUUGGUGCAUAGCUUAGAGCAUCCCAGAGGACUAUUAAGUGAACUAAUUGGUGAGCUAUAUGAUGCCUAUGUUAUACAGAAGGAGUCGCUAUGUAAGUGGCGUGAUUCAAAGGAUCAAUCAGCAGGAAAGGGCGUUGCUGUUAAAAGUCUUAAUCCCUUCUUUAACUCAUUAUUCAAUGAUGAAACCAACUAAACAGCACAGUACUCGGAGAGCUGACAUAGACAGCGACUUAGGGGAAUAAAAAACAAAAACAAUAUAUUUAAAUUUGUAAUAAAAUUAAUUAAACAGAAAGCUGGUUUGUGAAGAGAGCUCUUUAAAAAUAUACCUAUGAUUCGAUAUGGA